UUACCUCAUGGUUCUCAUCUAUCUGCCGUUAUCUCCAAGGCCUUGCUACAGUCGACUCGUAGAAACCUAGCUGAUCUGCCUUCGAAUUUGCAGAAUACUCAUCAUGAUAAGCAUGGAAUCGGCACUGCCCAUACCAACCUGGCAUUGGACAGUAUCUCCCAUACUCUCUUUUACUUGGCUUUAUUAAGAAACUCUGAGGUUAUCAGAAGUUGUUAUUUUGAACCAAAUAUUUGGCAACCAGCUAGUAUGGACAGUCGGUGCUGUCGCCGCGUACUGUGCUGCUUAGCCCCAGCAUCUUUAUCUAGCCCUCGUGAACUUAUGUACGGUUCCUUAGCUUCCAAGCCCUUAGGCCAUCGCAUGCUAACAAUCGAUGCUGCCCUGGUUUUUAAAGGUGAGUACGCCUUGCUUCAUUUUCUCGCCUUGAUUUCGUCCUCUUUUCGAUCAUAA